AUGAGUGCUAUUGAGAACCAACGUCUCUUAGAGAAGAUGGCAGAAUUUGACGCAAAGCGAGAUCAGCACCCGUUGUUCAAGGUGACAAGACAGUAUAUGCGCAUGGUAAUGGAGAUGCUUCAAUUUAUCAGAGCAGUACGUAUGGGUGACUGGAAACUACACCUUCAAGCCCUGCAGAUCUUCACCAAAUACACCAGAUCUUCUUCGCGCAUGAUUGCUUGAACUAUGCACGAAUGGUACCACUGUAUCUAGCAGAAAUGAAUUCCUUACCCGAAACCGAUCCAGAUGUCUACGCCGAGUUCCUUUCGGGAAACUGGGUUGUAAACAAAAACACCAACAUACCAUUCUGUGCACUUGGUGCAGAUCAUGCGCUCGAACAUGUCAAUCGUUCAAUGAAAGUACACGGAGGGCUGGUAGGAAUCACACUUAACCAAACUGCACGGAACAAGUUUUUUCUCAUUGCUCCAGAAAUGGCAAAUCUUUCAGGGCAAGCAAAGGAUAUGGCAGGAGUAGCUUCUAAGAUCCAAACGCGACAUCACAACCAUACGCCAGCUGUACUUUCCCGAGAAGACAAGAACAUCAAAGCGUUGAUCGAGACCAUUGAGACCUUCACCAACCCUUUUGCUGAUGAAAGCUCUGAUCUCUUCAACCUUGUUACCAAAGUGGUAUUGCCUGAUAACAUCAAGGCAGACCUGUGCAGUCAAGCUGCAAUAGGACAGGCGUUGUUUGAUACAUUUGUCAAAGAACGCAUUCAAUCUGAGAAGGUAAACAUUUGGUCUACAUUAAAGAAUCGUAAGCUUUCCACGUGGAAAACCAAUGCAAAGAAGAUGAAAGUGUCGACAAAGGAGACGGUGGUGGAGCUGCAGGAAGACCGGUCCCUGUUUGCCAGGAUGAUGAUGGUAUGCAGAAGUCGCCCAGGUAUUAACGUCCAGGAGACUAUAGGAAUGUAUGAGUUUGCAUUAGUGCCCAGGUCAAUGUUUGCGGCAGAUGGAUCCAUGCUGCGUUGCUCUGCUAAAAGUGCGCUUAUGGCUAUAUUAGAGAAGCCCCCAUCCAGAUCAGCCGAUCAGAGAAGCAUUAGUGACGGCACAACAACAAAUGCAGCUCAGUCGCAUUUGAAAGUGAUCAUCAUUGAUGGUAUGGCAGAGCUCCAGUGCCUAGACAAGCUGGAAUGGGUGAAGAACUGCGAGCAGCUUGCUAUUCACUUCGUCGACACAAUCGAACAGAAGUAAGGCAGGAAGGAUGAAAUUCGCCUGAUUUUUGAUUGGUAUGACUUACCCAUGUCGUCAAAAGAAGCCACCAGAGAGAAAAGGCAAGGAGGACAGGAUCCCUUCUAUUAUCGAAUCACAGAUUCCACCAACAUCUCAAGAGUUUCGAUGAAGAAGCUUCUGCCGCAUACGAAGACGAAGAUGGAACUCACCACCUACCUCGCAGACAAAGCAUUCAGGCACUUCAGGGGACAGAGUGGUCGGCGAUUUCUUGUUGCAUGGGGCAGUGAAUGUAAGGCGACCUUCAAAGAUGUUGGAAAUCUUCAGAGCAACCAAGAAGAAGCGGACACAAAGAUCAUCCUUCAUGCCGUUGAUGCCACAUCGGAUGGUGCAAUGGAGAUCCAUGUCCACUCCCCUGACACUGAUGUCUUUGUUCUUGCUUUAAGACGGUUUCCAGAGCUGUGUAGCAAUGUUUCAUUCGUUACAGGAAAGGGGCGCAACCGCAGAGAAAUUAGGCUAGAACCAAAAGUUCAGGCUCUCGGGGAAGCCGGGACAGCUGCUCUUCACGCGUUCCAUGCACUCAGUGGAGCAGAUAACACCGGAUGCUUUUCAGGCCAUGGAAAACCUUUGUGUUGGAAAGCAUUUCUGAAUGUUGAUGAAGAUGUUGUCAGAGAGAUGGCCAAGCUGGGAACAACAUUAACACCAUCUGAAGAAACCAUAAAGGCCAUUGAGAAGUUUGUUUGCGAACUCUAUGUUCGAAAUACAUCGCUUACCACCGUGAAAGAACUUCGAUGGUUGUUAUUUCGUAAGAAGCAAGCACAGUCAGAAAGACUGCCACCAACCCGAGGUGCUCUUCUUCAAGCUGUUCUACGAGCCCACUAUCAAGCUAUUGUUUGGGACAACGAUGUUGUGGCAAACCCUAACAUUCCGUCUCCUGAAAACUAUGGGUGGGAGAAAAGUGACAACAGAUGGUUUCCAGUAAUGACGAGGCUGCUGCCAGCAGCAUAG